UUCCAUUGCAAAUAUGAAGACGAAAAAAGCGCAAAUUCUCGACGAAGAAGUGGUAAACGUCAAGAAAAACCACCUUAUUCAUAUAUUGCACUAAUAGCUAUGGCAAUACACGCAAAACCGGACCGGAAAGCAACAUUAACAGAAAUUUAUACUUUUUUGCAGAGCAAUUUUGAUUUUUUUAGAGGUGAAUAUAACGGUUGGAAAAAUUCAAUUAGGCAUAAUUUAUCAUUAAAUGAAUGCUUUAUUAAAUUACCAAAAAGUUCUGGAGGUCGUAGUGGGAAAGGUCACCAAUGGACGAUUGAUCAAAAUUGUGAAUUCUUAUUUGAAGAAGGCUCAUAUCGAAGACGACCACGUGGUUACAAAGCACGAGUGCGAAAUUAUGAAUACAGUAAUGAGCAGAUUGGGACUGCAAAUGUUGAAGGAAAUACGAUAACAAACAACAGUAAUAUGUUUGCUGCAAAUGAAGCACAUAUCGUAUCUCACCAACAAAAUUAUUUGCCUUCAUCAUAUUCUGCCAACCAGUUUUGGCCUUAUUAUGAAACCACAAAUCAAUGGCCAAACUGUUAUACGUCAACAAGCAAUUACUAUACUUAUGAUAACACGCAAAUAAGCACACCCCAAUCAACAGGCUACUUGGAAAGUAACUGCAACAGUGUUAUGGUAGCACCUUGUCCUCCUGCUGAUGCAGGAGUGUUCAUUGAAGAAGAACAACAAUUACAUAUGCAACAGUUUAAUGCUUCUUCACUGCUGUACAAUCAGUAUGGUAACUUACCAUUGCCUCCGUCGUACGGUACUUCUAAUUCAUGA